UUUUCUCUGACAACUGGAUUGGUGCACUCUCUACCAUACAAAAGUUGUUCUAUAUAUAUAUAUACUAAAAUGCUAGUAUGUAGUAAAUUGAAAGGAACAAAGAGCUUGAGGUUUCAAAUCAAGCAGAUAAUAGCGUCUGUUCUUCUCUUUCCUCUUUACCAAAAAAAGAAAGAAGUUUCUGCAGAGCUCUGCUAGCAAUUGGUUCACAUCUCAAAAGAGAAAACUAGCAAGGGAACAUAUCACAACAGAGAGAGAAGAACAAAAUGCUGCUUAGGAGUUCUUCAACACCAGUUCUUGGAUCCCUCCUCUCUUCCUUCUCAGAAACUCCCAACCACCACCACCACUACCACAACUCCGACCCCUACGCCACCCUCAAGCACCCACCGACCGCCGUGCACCAGAAGCUCUCUUUUCACCAUUCCGGGCCCCUAAACUACGCACAAUUUUCGAUCAACUCCUCUCCCAUCUCUCCUUCCAUCUCUGAUCUAUCUGUUGGUACCAACAAUGGGUUCCGAAGAGCUCAGUCUGAAGGAAAUCUGGAAGUAUUAAUAGCCAGUGAUCCUUGCAAAAGUGAUGAUGAAUUCAGUAUCAUUCCAAAACCGCCCAAGAAGUUUAUUUCGCGGAGACCAAAUUGGUCCCAUUUGGAAACAAUCCCAUCUUUUCAUUCUCACAAUGCGAGGAAUAGGUAUGAAGAUGACAUCGACAGUGAGGAGGAAGAAGAAGAUGAGCGGUUGGAGAGAGAAGAAUUUGAGGGAACUAAUGGUGGGUGUUUUCAGAAUUCAAUGGAAGGAGAGGAAAAAUACGUGGGCGUGAGAAACAGGGCACUGAAUUUGGAGAAACAGAGUAUGGGUUUGGAUGAGGAAAUCAGACUUCUGGUAAAAGAGCAUAGUGAUCCAGAGAUGUAUCUUGCUGGAGGGCUUGGGGUUGACAGUUUUGAUAUCGGUUUUGGUGGAGGAAGUCAUCAUAACAAUGGUGGUAGCGGCGGUUGUGGUGGUGCUGCUGGUGGAGGUAGCGGCGAGGGGAACCAGCCCGGCGUUGAGGAGCAUUACAAGAGGCUGGUGGAGGAAAAUCCAGGCAAUCCUUUGUGCUUGAGGAAUUAUGCUCAAUUUCUAUAUGAAUCCAAAGGAGAUCUAAGGAGGGCAGAGGAAUAUUACUCCAGGGCAAUAUUGGCAGAUCCUAAGGAUGGUGAUGUACUGUCUCAGUAUGCUAAACUGGUGUGGGAGCUCCAUCGUGAUCUAGAUAGAGCUUUAAGCUACUUUGAACGAGCAGUUCAUGCCGCCCCUGCGGACAGCCAUGUUCACGCGGCAUAUGCUAGUUUCUUGUGGGAAACAGAGGAAGAUGAGGAUGGAGACGAUACCUGCGUUUUGCCCUCACAUUACCAAAAUGGAGCCAUGGCUUCUGCAACAACUGGAGCCUUAUUUGAUUAGUUAUAAAACUAGAAAUGCUGUCAUUAUACUCCAGUUCUUGCUGGUAUGGUCUCCCCACAGUUGGAAGUGUAACAAAUGAUUGUAAAAAGGAUUUUACAUUUUAUCAUAAGGUUAUAUAUACUCCAUAUUAGAAUUC